UGAUAGCACAGGCAUGUGAGAUCCAUCAAGGUUUGGUGCGAUCGUUAUUCAUUCGAUGAGUGGAAGGUCUUUGCUUUCAAGGGUCCCAAUGACGAGCGGCCGACCGCGCAAUCCUCACGUCCCGACCAGACGACCCGAGAACUCGAGGCUUACUCCGAGAAACUGGAUGAAUAUGUUCUUUGCGAAGAUGUAAUGUCCAAGACAUUGAUCAAUGCCGGCGAAGACGGUGGUCUCGAAGCGCUACUAAUCGCAACUUUACCGCGCCUAGAGGGCGUGAAGUUCGUCACUCUGCAACAUGAACAUGGCUCGACCCUCUACAGGCUCGAUCGAAUAAUUUCUGGAGGACUUGAAAUUAAAGGGGUUUGGGUCGAAGGAUUCCAAACUCUUCAAAGUAUGGCAGUGGGUGUACCCUUAGCAACUUGGCUUAAUGCCUUUCAGGAUACGAGCCUGCCUUUCCACAUUGUAAUGUCCUUGCCCCGCAUUCCCCACCUAGAAUCGAUGUAUCUCAACCACCUGGAAUGCCAGGUUGGCGAUGAUGCAACCGUUGACUUGCAUAGUCUUCAAAUUGAUGCAUCAUCCGAGGUCAAACGUCUAUUUCUGGACAACUGCAACAUGAGGUCACGGGACUGCCAGACCGCUAUAUACGGGGCUCCGCAAAAACUCAAAGAUAUCGCAUUCAGAUUCAACACAGCGUCCUCAAGGCGACCCAAUAGCUUGGACCAAUAUUCGUACCAGUAGGCUAAGGCGAUCACCUGUUUAGUAAGAUAUUCCUAUGUAAGACUCGCGAUCCAAGCA